AUGGCACAAAGUGUUGUACAGGGGAUGGAGUACCGAGUGAUUCCAGCACUGAACCAUAACCUGAAGCCUGGUACAAAGAUUCUCAUUUCGGGAAACAUUACCUCAAGGCACGGGGUACUUCUGCUAACCCGUGAGAACAUGACUGUGUUAGGUGGAGAGGUAGAGUCCUUACUCGUAACAAAUGCUCUGGAAAAUGUUCUUGCUCGAAAACUUGGCAUGGAAGAGACACAGCAGCCACAACAGUUUGAGGAUGUAGCCCCCACCCAAGUUCCUCCAAGCCAAGCCUCUCAGUACUAUCCAUCGCAGUUAAAUCCUACAAUAAACCGGUCCCAAAACAACAGGGUUGGAGGACUUCAAACUGUGGCAGUCAACAGGUCACAGAAUAAUGUUUCACCUGUACCAGCAAAUGACUUGGAUGACCUGGGUUGGGUGAUAUUUCCUUUAGGAAUUUGA